AUGGUCAACAGUUCGAUCCUCGGUUUUCCCCGCAUGGGAGUCAACCGCGACCUGAAGAAGGCUACGGAGGCAUAUUGGGCCGGGAAGAUCUCGCAGGCGGAGCUGCUGAGUGAGGCGAAGAGACUGCGUCUGGAGCAUUGGGGCAUCCAGAAGAAGGCGGGGGUUGACAUCAUUCCUAGCAAUGAUUUCGCCCUCUAUGAUCAGGUCCUUACCCAUAUUCAGGACUUUGGUGCUGUGCCAGACAGAUAUAGCAAGAGCAACCUCGAUCCCAUCGAUGAGUACUUUGCUAUGGGCCGUGGUCACCAAAAGGAUGGCGUCGACGUCCCCAGUUUGGAGAUGGUGAAAUGGUUCGAUUCGAACUACCACUACGUCAAGCCUACCCUCCAGGACAACCAGACUUUCAAGCUCAACCCCAACCCCAAGGCUGUUGUUGAGUUCCUUGAGGCCAAGGAAGCUGGCAUCAUCACCCGACCUGUCCUCGUCGGACCCGUUUCCUUCCUCGCUCUCGGCAAGCCAGACCGUGGUCAAACCGUCGACCCAAUUGAUCUCUUGGACAAGCUCGUGCCAAUCUACGAAGAGCUCCUUGCCAAGCUCAAGGCUGCUGGUGCCGAGACGGUCCAGAUUGAUGAGCCCGUCCUCGUUUUCGAUCUCCCAGCAAAGACUAAGGCUGCCUUCAAGCCAACCUACGAGAAGUUUGCUAGCCUAGGUGACAAGAUCCCCAAGCUUGUCUUCACUACCUACUUUGGUGACAUUGUCCACAACAUCGACGCAGUCCCAACUGAUAUCUAUGCUGUCCAUAUCGAUUUGGUCCGCAACCCAGAGCAGCUCGAGACUGUCAUUGGUGCAUUGGGCCCAAAGACCAUCCUGUCAGCUGGUGUUGUUGACGGCCGCAACAUCUGGAAGACCAACCUCAAGCGUGCUAUUGAGAUUGUUGAGACUGCAAUCCAGAAGCUCGGAAAGGACCGUGUUAUCGUCGCCACUUCCAGCUCCCUUCUUCACACCCCACACACACUCGCCAGCGAGAAGAAUCUCGACCCCGAAAUUGCUGACUGGUUUUCCUUCGCUGUUGAGAAGGCCUCUGAGGUCGCGGUGAUUGCCAAGGCUGUCACUGAGGGUCCAGCGGCAGUUCGUGAGCAACUCGAGGCCAACGCCAAGUCCAUGCAGUCUCGCGCCAGCUCCACACGAACCAACGACCCCAAGGUCAAGGAACGCCAAUCCAAGAUCACCCCUGACAUGUACAACCGAAAGUCAGAAUUCCCCAUCCGUAUCGCUCAACAACAGAAGUCGUUGGGUCUUCCCCUCUUCCCAACCACCACUAUUGGUUCUUUCCCCCAGACCAAGGAGAUCCGAAUCCAACGUAACAAGUUCACCAAGGGCGAGAUCACCGCACAGGAGUAUGAGAAGUUCAUCGAGAAGGAGAUCCAAGAUGUUGUCAAGAUCCAAGAGGAGCUUGACCUUGACGUCUUCGUCCACGGUGAGCCUGAGCGUAACGACAUGGUCCAGUACUUUGGUGAGCGUCUGAAUGGCUACGCCUUCACUACCCACGCAUGGGUCCAGAGUUACGGUUCUCGCUGUGUCCGACCUCCCAUUGUUGUUGGUGACAUCUCCCGGCCUGCACCAAUGACCGUCAAGGAGUCGAAGUAUGCUGUCUCCAUCUCCAAGAAGCCAAUGAAGGGCAUGUUGACUGGUCCCAUCACUUGCCUGAGAUGGUCCUUCCCUCGUGAUGAUGUUCAUCAAUCCGUCCAGGCUGAGCAGCUUGCUCUCGCUCUCCGCGAUGAGGUCGUUGACCUCGAGGCAGCUGGUGUCUUCGUUAUUCAAGUUGAUGAGCCAGCUCUCCGUGAGGGUCUUCCUCUUCGUGCUGGCAAGGAGCGUGAGGCGUACAUUGACUGGGCUGUCAAGUCUUUCCGUCUCUCCGUCUCUGGCGUCAAGGACUCCACUCAGAUCCACUCUCACUUCUGCUACUCUGAGUUCCAAGAUUUCUUCCACGCCAUUGCCGCUCUCGACGCUGAUGUCCUGUCCAUUGAGAACAGCAAGUCUGAUGCCAAGCUUCUCAAGGUCUUCGUCGACGAGGCCUACCCCCGUCACAUUGGUCCAGGUGUCUACGACAUCCACUCCCCCCGUGUGCCAAGCGAGCAAGAGAUCAAGGACAGAAUCGAGGAGAUGUUGCAAUACCUUAAGCCCGAGCAACUCUGGAUCGAUCCUGACUGUGGUCUGAAGACUCGUCAAUGGGCUGAGACCAAGGCUGCCCUUACCAACAUGGUAAACGCGGCCAAGUUCUACCGCCAGAAAUACGCCUCCAAAUAG